AUGUUCCAGCGGAACACAAGAGCACUUUCGAACGUGAACGAGAACUUAGUGAAGAGGCAUGCAGCUGGGAAGGAUGCCCAGUUGACGAGAAGACCAGCACUCAAGGAUCAACGAAAUGUCGCACUCGCUGAUCAACAAACGGGGAAGCUUGCGGUAAGGACUAGGUCACUCAGCUUAAAAGCACCAUCUCGGGAGCAACAACAGAUACAGCUAUCCCAGGAAAAAGUUGCAGUCGUGGUCCAUCCUGAUAUAGUGGGUAUGGAGCGAGAAUACCAGUAUGUGGAGCACUCCGAUCAGGUCUACAAAUAUCUUCUUCAUCUUGAAAAGAGAAGUCAGAUUGAGGAAAAUUUCAUGACCCAUUCACCGUCGACUCCGAAGAUGCGGAGCAUCCUCGUGGACUGGCUAAUCCAGGUCCAUACACGUUUCCAUCUCUUGCCUGAAACACUCCAUCUUACUGUUUACCUUCUUGAUGUAAUGUUGUCGAGAACAAAAGUUGACAAAGACGAAUUGCAACUGGUUGGGGUCGCGUGCAUGCUGGUUGCUUCGAAAUACGAAGAAAUGUAUGCGCCAGACAUUCACGAUUUUGAAUACAUAACCGAUAAUACCUACACCAAAAAACAAAUUCUAAAGAUGGAAACAAAGAUUUUAGUCGCUGCUAAGUUCGAACUCUCACGUCCACAUUCGAUCGCGUUUUUACGAUGGUACAGUAAAGAAAUGAAAUUUAGUUUGAGGAUGCAUCACAUGUGCAAAUUUCUAAUCGAGAUGGCUUUUCUCGACUGUUCACUCUCUCCUAUUUUACCGUCUCGCAUCGCAUGUGUGUGUACCUUUAUCGCUUCGAAGUUGUGCGAUACAGUUUAUGAUAGCGAAACAAUGAGGAAAUUGACGGGUAUAACGGAUGAGGAAACUGAAACUCUAGUGGCAACGUUUGCACGAGUGUUUUUAAGGCUGUAUGCAUUACCAAAGCUAGUAGCUGUACGUGAAAAGUACUCAGCAGCCAAGUUAACAACAGCUGAACCGUAUUGGUAUCGCACCAACUUGUUCCAAAACCCUUCGGGAAAACAGUGGUGUCAUUACAAAGUACUGAUAGUUAUGGAAUAUGUGGCACAAUACAUGGGUAGAUGGAUGGAAGUAGAACUGACUGAUGGUCGACUUAUUCGUGGUCAAAUGCUAUGCACUGACAGGCAGCCAAACUUUAUACUUGGCAGGUCAGAAGAACGGUGGUCUGGUGAAACAGGUGAGCCACGGGCUAUUGGACUUGCAAUGAUAGGUCGUCAGCAUGUUGUUCGAAUUACCUUACUACCAGCUCCACAGUAUUCCGAUAAAGACGCAGAUUUAUAG